AUGUGGAGGUGGAUGCCCGCCCCCGAGAUCGGGAAGGUAUCCGUGCUCACAUCGUUUCGCAGGGAUCCAGGGCAUGACUCCAGCAGCCGUGGACGUGGCUGCUCCCUGGCGGCAGCAGCGGUACCUUCGGGGGCGUGGCCUUCUGGGGAGGGCAGGCUCCUGCACCUCCGAGGGCGCGUGGCCGAGGGUCUCAAAGUGGGGCUCCUCUCGUUGACCCGUGCGGGGCACACCGGGCAAGGGCCUCGGGGCCUGCGGGCGGAAGGAGGCUGGUGGAAGGCCGGCGGAAGCACAAAAUGUGACAUCAACCUUGUUGGACGCGGGGUUCCCAGAGUCGGCCAUGUGAAGCCCCCCCGCCCUCUUAGAAGGCCGCCCCCUCCGCCCUGCCCAUUCUUGGCGUGCCACCAACAGGACUGGCAGGGGGACCGGAUGUCUGUCGGCAGCGUGGAGGGGAUCUUUCGUUGGCCGGUGCAGCGUGAACCGGGCGAGCCAGAGUUGCAGCGGUUUCCAGACAGGGGUGGCAUCUGCGCCCUAUGCUGCUCCAGGUUCGAUCUCGGGGCCGUGCGCUUGGCGGUCAAGGAGGGCGGCAUGGUGCAGCCCCAGAGGAGGCUAGUCUUCUCCUCCCGCGGGGAAAUCCGGCAUGGCUCGCCAGUCUACCUGGAGGGAGAGGCCACCCUCGAGAAGGACCCGCCCCCGGCGGCCUGGGCCGAGCGGGCCGAGGGGCGUCACCACUCGUUCGCGCCGGAGGCCAGGACAGCUGAGGUCAUCGAGGAGGUGCACGUCGAGGAGCUGCUGCGAGAGAGGGAUCUGCUGCGCAGCGAGUGGCAGAGUGCCAGGGCGCUGGAGGGCGCGGAGCCGGAGGCGCUCGGCAGCACGAUCCGGCCGCGGCUGGAGCCACUGGCGCCGCCGCCACCCCUGCACGGCCUGGAGCUCGAGAACCACAGGAGCCUGCUUCGGCUGCUGCGCGAGGGGAGCGGCCUGCUCUACUCGGAUGGCGAGCUGAGGGUCAGAGCCUCUGUGUCGCGGCCAGAAGCAGGCUGGCCGCCACUGCCGGGACUCUGGGCGUCUGUCGCGCUGUCUUUCAGGUUGCAUGGCGGCAGCGCCCACAAAAGCGUCAGCGGGUGCUCCGUCGCCUCCGUGCACCUGGAGUGCAGCAACCUUGACGUGUCGUCACUGCACCUCGAGGUGGAGUGGCCCAGCGGCGCUGCCAGCAGGCGGGGCACUGCCAAGUGCAUGGUGCACCUGGAGCUGCUGGACAGCGCGUUUGCCCACCCGAAGCUGAAUGUCCGCGCUCAGCUGACCUCGGAGGCGAUGGCCCACGCUUCCUUGCACUCCGUGGAGCACACGUGCAGCUUCGUGCUGCCAGUCGGCGUAACCACCUUCCUGAGGCCGCUUCCCCGCGGAGCCAGCUUCCAGUGCCUCUGGGACGCCGCGGGCCCCGCGGCGCGCCGCAGCGUGCCGGCGCAGAUUUGGCCGGAGCCGCUGGCACCGCAGGCGACGGUGGCCCUGCUGGGCGUCGCGGGGAUCCUGAGCAGCUUUGAGCUACCUGGGGGCUCGCUGGGACUCGGCGGGGAGUUGCCAGCCCACGGCUGCGUCCACGAGCCGCGCUGGGUCCUGACGGAAGCGUCGUCCGCCAUGGAGGGCAGCCAGGUGACCGACUGCGCCCGCGAGCCGUGGGAGCUGGAGGCGCGCUCGCUGGCGCCGCGGCUGGCGGACGCGCUUCUGGCGGAGCUCGCCUCGCAGCUGCUCUGCCCGCCAGAUGGGGACGCGGCUGCGUGCGUCUGGCCAGUGCCGCUCUUGCUCUGUGGCAUCAGUUCAUGCCCACUGACGGUGAUGUUGGGCAUCCGCGUGCUGAUAGUGGCUGUGUUCUUUCAGGUGCACGUCUGCCUCCACUUGUUCAUCGGAUACGCGGCGGGAUUACUCCGCCUUGUGCCCCCAGCGGAGAACCAGGAUGAGGAGGCGAAGGAGAUGUACCGGCUGACUCCCACGACAGUCACGGUGCGCGAUCCGCUGUCAAAGGGCAGGAGCGAGAGCACGUUCACGUUCAGUAGGGUCCUGCUGCCAGAGCACGGGCAGGAGGCCGUCCAGGACUGGAUCGCCAGGCCGCUGGUAGACCAGCGGGGCAUGCUCCCGCGGUCGCUGGAGUACCUCUUCCAGACGGUCGAGCGGCAGGCGGACUUCAAGGAGGUGGGCAUGGUGGUCAGCUUCGUCGAGAUCUACCUCAACCAGGUGCGGGACCUGGGGUGCUUCUCCGCGGACCGCUCCUCCAGCUCCGGCUGCGGCGACCCCGUCCCGUCCGGGCUGGCGGCGUACACCGCGGCGGCGGCCGCCGCCGCCAGCGGCGGGCCCCACGGCAGGCGCCGGUCGGCGUGUGUGAGCGGGCGCUGGAGCAGCAAGGGCUCCGACCUCUCCCCGAAGCGCCCGGGCUCCCCGAAGAAAUGUUCGACGCGCGACGACAUGGACCCGGCGGACCCCUACAUGACGCAGGAUCUGGCGAUACACGAGUCCCCGAACGGCCAGGUCUACAUAGAGGACCUCUCGCUUAUCCCAGUCACCUGCACGCAGGACGCGCUUGACGUUGUGAGCCUCGGCCUGAAGAUGCGCGCCACGUACGAGACGAAGCUGAACACGUCGAGUUCCAGGUCGCACGCCAUCUUCACGGUCAGCAUCGCCCAGAAGUCACGGAGCGGCUCCAAGACUGGAGUGGUCGGGAGCAUGCUGAACUUCAUCGACCUGGCGGGCUCGGAGAGGCUGGCGCGCAGCCAGUCCGAGGGUCGUCGGUUCCAGGAGGCCGUGCUGAUCAACUCCUCGCUCACAGCCUUGGGGAAGGUGGUCCUGGCCAUCGCCGGCGGUGGCGCUCGGCACGUGCCGUACCGAGACUCGAAGCUGACCGCCUACACGACGCUGCUCACGACAAUCAACCCCUCCCCGAGCAACUACCAGGAGUCCAUGAAUUCUUUGCUGUUUGCCGACCGCUGCAAGAGCGUCACGAACCGGCCUACGCAGAACUUUAUCGACCUGGAGCAAGGUAGCAACGAGAGGCUCAUCCAGCAGCUCCUCCAAGAGAUCGUGGAGCUCAAGGGCAGGGUGUCCAUGUCACACGUGCUCCCCCCAGCAGACGGCCAGCCUGGGGCGCUGGAUCUGACCCAGCCGCUCGACCAGACUCAGCCGCUGGACCAGGCCCAGCUCGCGGCGAUCCAGGAGGUGCAGAGCUCCGCCUCUGCGGCCAGCGCGGCCUCAGUCCAGGGCGCGCCCACGACGGCCAGCACCGCUCCCCUCGGCGCCACCCUCGGCGCGACGCAGAAGCUGCCCAGCGGGCCGUCUGGCACAGUGGGCAAGAUGGACCUGUUCCGACUGGAAGAGCAGGGCCGCGCGCAGCUGAAAGUCGAGCGGGCGCGCCGCAAGGAGGCCGAGCGGGAGGCGGAGGCGAGGUGGGGCGAGCUGCAGCGAGCGCGGCAGGAGCACGCGAGCUGGGAUGAGAAUGUGCGGGCAGAGAUCAAGGACAACCAGCUACGCGCGAAGGAGCUCGAGGUGGAGAUCCAGAAGUACCGUUCGAAGCUGACCAAGCUGGGCAGCACCGUGGGCGAGCUGCAGGCCAGCGAGCGCAGGAUGCUGGAGAGCAACGCGGCGGAGAUCCAGCGCGACAAGGAGAGGUUGAUGUCGAAGGUGUCUGCGGACUGGAACCUGUGCAGUCCAGCAGAGGCCGCCACCACCUUCGAGCGCAAGUGCGACGAGUCGUUGGCUCGCAGGGGCGAGUGGCACGACGGGGUCUGUGAGGGCAUCGAGAGUGGCCACAGCAGCGACGUGGGAGCCCUGGAGCAGCAGUAUCGUCAAUUCUUGUCGGAGCGAAAGGCGGAGGAGCAUCGCCUCACCUCGGAGAUCGAGCGGUGCGCAGCGGAGGGGCAGAGUCAGCGGCAGCAGCUGCAUGGCGACCUCAUCGACACGCACGACUUGGCGCGGCAGCUCGGGCAGGUGGUCGACAAGCUGGUUGUGGGAGUGCCCAACGACCUGCGCAUGGGCAUCAGGCCGCCUCCGCCGCCGUCGGAAGAUCUCGGCGCCAGGCUGGUGGCCGGCGGCCUCCUCUCGGACAGGCUUGUGGAAGAGCUUCAGAGGAGCAUGGCGGAGGUGCGCCGGCAGGUCACUCGGUCGCGACUGGCCGCCCCGCGCGCCGCCGUGGCGCCGGGGGCGGGCGCGACCGACGACGACGGUGUCAGGCCGAUCGCCGGCGCCGGGCUCCACGAGCCCCUGCAGACGCUGGGGCCGCACCAGCUGAGGGCGGCCUGCCUUGCGCUGAGGGGCCGCGCCCGCAUGAGCGAGGCGGAGGCCCAGCGCGCGCGGCUCUUCGACGAGGUUGCCUGCGAGUUCGACGGCCACGGCAGCCUGGAGGUCGUCCGCACCCUCGAGGCCGAGAUAGAGGCCUACCGCGCCGGGCUCCGGAGAGAGGAGGAUGGAAGUUCGGCCGCACCGGCGUGGCGCUGCGAUCCUGCGAGCGUUCGUCAGCGCGGGGCGCGCGUCCAGCAAGCUCGGGCCCCCGCGCGCUGGAUGCGCUGUGGGCGCGCGGGUAGCUUUCCCCCCACCUCAGCUCUUCUCGCGGCGAACAAUUACCGACGGGAAGUGUUUGUCUUCUGUUCGUCUGUGCCCUUCUCUACCUCUUCACCUCACCUGUAGUGGGAUUUUGUCUUCCUGCUCGCCGUCUCACCGCCCAUUCGACGCCGCUGUCUUGGGCCAGAGCGUCCUCUUGUCCUGUACGCUGUACGCCUUCCUGCCUUCGUCAGCGGGAGCUUGCGCGCUGGAAACACGAAAG